CACAUGCACAUACGCACAGACACACUCCUUGUCAAGUUCAAUGAUUAACUGCAAAGAUAAAGAGAAGGCAGUUCUGCUUAGACUGCAAAGCGGAAGAUUUGAGCUAGAAAUAGAGAGGUAUAGGAAAACGACAGGAAAGACAAGUCAAUCCACUUAGCUGCUUCUCAUUUUACACUGCACAAAUCUUUCUUACAUGGAGGAGAGCACUGAACAACCUAGGAAGAUUGAACUGAAUGAUGGCACAUACAUGCCACUACUGGGACUUGGAACAUGGAAGCCAGAGUCCACUUGCCCAGAUAUGUGUCAGAGGGCAGCCGAGGCAGCGAUCGCUGCUGGAUAUCGGCAUAUAGACACAGCCUACAGCUACCAGGUUGAGGUAGAGGUGGGGAAGGCCAUCCAGUCCAUGAUACAGCAGAGCAUCAUCAGACGCCAAGACAUGUUCAUAGUCAGUAAACUGUGGUGUACCCAUCAUGCCCCUGAAGACAUUCCUGUUUGUUUGAAUAAAUCUCUGAAUGACCUUCAGCUUGACUACCUGGACCUAUACCUAGUGCACUUUCCAGUGGGACUGAAGAAAAUAGGUGAUGAGCUUUUCCCAGAAAAGGAUGGGAAGAUUCUUACAACUGACACAGACUAUGUGGAUGUGUGGAAGGGAAUGGAGGCUCUGAAAGCAACAGGAAAGGUGAAAAGUAUCGGUGUGUCGAACUUCACAAUCGAGCAACUGGAGAGAUUGCUAUCCGUGGCCAAAAUCCCACCUGCGGUUAAUCAGGUGGAGCUCCAUCCUUACUUUGUUCAGUCUGAUCUGAUUGAGUAUUGUAAGUCCAAAAACAUUGCUUUAACAGCCUACAGUCCAUUUGGCUCACCUGGAAGACCUUCAGAAUAUCAAAGAGGAGAAACGGAUCCCAUGAUGUUACUGCAGGAUCCUGUUGUUGGGGAUAUAGCCAAAAAGCACAGACGGACCCCUGCACAGGUUCUGUUGCGGUAUCACGUUCAGCAGAACAUUGCUGUGAUUCCAAAAAGCAGGAAACCCCACCACAUUUUGGAGAACACCAAGAUCUUUGAUUUCACUCUGGAUGAAGAGGAUAUGAAUGCUCUCAGGUCUCUGAAUCGAGGCUGGAAGGCCUGUAUUAUAAAACAAUUGGAAUCACAUCCCUUUUACCCCUUCAAGUGAAAUGCUGUUAGCCUCGGAUGACAAGAACCCCCCUAAAAAAAGGACCAAGCACUUCUGGAGGCUGGAGUAAAUUAGACACUUUUACGACUUUUAGGUUCAGGCAUUUAUAUGUCAACAGCUAAACUCUGACAUUUUAAGGCAUUGGAAGAAAAUACUUUUGAGAAACGCUAACAGAUGCCAUUAUUGUAACUUCAUUUGGUUAAAAUAAAGCAUUAAGGCUUACACUACAGUUCAAAGGUUUUGAUGCAGUAAGAUUUUAAGUAUCUUAUGCUCACCAAGGCCUCAUUCAUUUGAUCAAAAAUACAGUAAUAUUGUGAAAUAUUAUUAUAAUUUAAAAUAACUGUUUUCUGUUAGAAUAUAUUUGGAAAUGUAAUUUAUUCUUGUGACGGCAAAGCUUAUU